UUAUUUUUAAGUAAAUCGCCCAGCGAAGUCAUCCCGAUCGGUCACGAUCAAGCGUAGUCGUGUGCGGACCGCGACAUAGCGCACGUUUAUUCGAAAACUUGCUCGCGACGAUCGUGCGUUCUUCCCCGUGAGGUCGUGUGUGUGUGUGUGUGUGUGAGUGGGGAAGAAAGUGUAACAAACGCCGCAAGGGGGAAAAACACGGAUACGAAAAAUUGCUCUCGCCGGAAAAGGCGUCCGUGUCCGUGCCGUUGAAGUGUGCCGCAAGACGCGUUUCGUGAAGUUAAUUUUUGUUGAAUUUAUGAUCCCCGGUGUCUCCGGAGCACGCUUUUGUUCGACUUUGUAAGGGAAUGUAGGUGAAAGUGAUUUCAGCCAGCGGUGAAUUACUGACGAUUUACGAUUGCAAAGUUGCGCACAAUAAAGUACCCCGGGGGGCGCUGGAUAGCCAGCCGGUCGUCAGGAUGAGUAACAUGCAGCCGGAAGAGUACGAGAAUACGGGCUGGCUGUCGUACUUUAGCAGACACAAGACAACCUACACCGCGUCCGACAUUCACAAGAUAAGCAACGAGCUGAACAAUGUGCGCAAAAACUUAACCGCCACGCAGUACGCGUACGGUGAGCUGAGCAGUGAGCUGAAGGCGCUGAAAAGCCUCCAGGAGCAGCAGCGUUUGGUGGACGAGUACGAGCAGCGUGCGGCCAGCAGCAGCAGCAAGGGGGCAAAAUCCACCGAGAAGCGGCUGAAAGAGCAGGCCGACGAAAUCAAGAGUCUCAAGAGCGAUCUGGCCAGCUGUCGCAAUGAGCUGUCGAAGCAGAUCGCUGCCGUGAAGGUGGCGGUUAGCGAGCAGAGCAAGAGGAAGGGAUUUUCCGGCAGUGGUGGCAAAUCUGGGGCCGGAAGUGCGGGCAUGACCUUGAGUCUGGAAAGUCGCAUCAUCGCUGCCGAGGUACAGCUUGAUCAGCUGGUGACCGGACAGACGACCGAUCGGCUGGGUGCGUUGGAGCAGAAAGUAGGUCAGCUGGAACAGACGCGAGCGGUGGGUGGCGGCGGUGACUACGAGGCACGGUUGAACGCAAUUGAGCGGGACUUUACCCGGAAGCUGCAGGACCUGACCGAUCUUGUGGUGGAGCUACAGCGCAAGCUAGCCAAGAGCGAAGCCAAACAGGUGGAAAUGGUGCAACGGUUGUCUGCCGCACAAACCUCGCUGUACGAGCAGCUGGAACAUCGGUACGACGAACAGUGCGGGAAGCUGCGCGAACUCCAGGUUCGGCUGAACCAUCUUGGGCAGAACGACGAUAUUGAUUCGACGUUUGUUUGAGUGGCGAACGACCGACAACUUUGCUGCCAACGAAGCGCUUGCCCAUCACCAUCAUGACGACCUAGUGCACCACCAUUCGGAUGCACUGCUGCACAGCCUUGCGAGUACCGAUCAUUCACUGUUGCAUCAUGACCUUCAUCACGAUCUUCACCACGAUCUGCACCACGACGUGCACCACCACGAUUUGCAUCAUGUGCAUCACGAUCAUGUGGUGGUGACCGCUCCACCACAACCGACCGGAUUCUGGAAGAAGAAGCUCGUAUGGAAGCCGCGCUGGGUGAAGAGCUGGCAGGAGAAGAAGGUGUACGUGGGUGUGUGGAAGCGUGUCUGGGGACCAGUGCAGGUGACCGAAUGGGUGCCAAUCCCGAAACCGCCCCCAGGCUGGUCCCAUCACUAGGAAACAUUCGGCAGAAUGUUGGGUACAUGUAGAAGUUGUAGUUCAACUAGCCCGUAAGUUAUUGAAUCCUUGUCGUAUCGUUAGACUGUACAAAAGCCGGCUCGAAUAUGUAUUAUCGACGUAUGUUUUGGUACGGAUAUUGUGUUUUGUAAAAAUAAAUGAAUCCUCUUUUUCUUGGUAAUCAUCAAAAUAAUCAUCUGCCAUCAACCUGCGCCGCAAUAAGGUAGUUAUCAAAAAAUUUCGCCUCUCAUACAUUGAUGUAAUUCAUGCAAAACACGGUGCUUUGAAAACACACCGCUCGAAGCUAUAAAUGCCAUCAUCUGUUUGUUUGCAUUCCUCUGCAUGCAAGGAAACAUUAUUUGGCAUCCGUACCGAUAAAUUGCAUCCCUGAAACGAUUAAGAUCCGUAAUGAGAUAAAUUCCACAGCCACUACACACACUAUACACAGAACUGAUGAAUGAGCUUCUCGAGGGAUAAUUAUGGCUACGGUUUGCUGCCAACAUGGGGUACGGAGUGCUAAGGCAUAAUAAAUUUGCUGCUAACGUUGUUUACCGAAUUGGUACAAUAUAAUCAGUGUAAAGCCGUGCUGUUCAUGUGAAUUAGAUUGUAAAACACGAAAAAUAGGUUCAUUUCAUAGAAUGCGUCAUGAAUGCAGCUUGAGGAUUUGUUUGAUAAUCAAAAGCUAUGGAAGGAAACUACUCAUCCUGUUUUCCUUAGCUUCGAUGCAAUAAUUCAGAUAUGCGAGAAGGAUGAAGGGUUUUCUUCCCAUUAACCUACCCAUCAACGGAUGGGAAUUUUCUUUCCUCGAUCAACAUAAAACAUUGCUUAAGUUAAUAUAUCUUUGUCUUUGCUUUCUUUGUCUUCUCCACGAAAUCCACCAUUCCAGCUCCCUGCCCAGUUAUUCUGCCUAAGAAACAUCUUACAAAUUUCCGCUUUUACUUCCGCACGUAAGUAGUAUCCGUUUGGUUGGUAGCAAGCGUUCGUGCGCAUUUGCAUUCUAUCGUUGUUGCCCUCGAAUCCUGCCUUCCAACAGGCACGAUGACCAAUCGUUUCUUCUGCCUUAGUGGUUUUUGGGCGAUACGUGAAUGUUGUAUGUUUGUCCUCGCAUCUGGUCUGCUUCACGCAUGCCGUAUAGGCCAAACAAUGGAACACAGUGCUGCAACAAUCGCUGCAUCAAUCCGAUUGCUAGUUCAGAGACCGGCACCUGGUUCGGGUUUUUUUUUUCUUUGGAGAAAAAUUAAACCAAUCGCUACCACCGAACCUCACAGUGCCACGGUAAAACAAUACAGUAAUAGACAAAUGGAUGGGAUUUGUAGAACGAUUACAUACCGGCAAGGUUUGCACGAUUAUCAAACAACGUCCCCGUUCUCGGGCGUGUUGGUAAUGGUUUAAUGAUGUUUGGUAAAAUGUUGCUCCGCAGCAUAUGCUUCAUCGUGUAUAGGUUUCUUUAGUUAAUAUGUUUGUUUGCCAAAUUUGCGAUAAAUUCGUUUUACCUCUACGUACACCAAAAAUUUGUAUUCCUGCCUCUUGUUGCCGCCCUGGUUUGGUAUGUGUGUUUCAGGUUCGUUUCGGUUCCAAGUAGAACUAUACAUUGCUUUUAUGUUCUUUGUUUUCCCUAGCGAUUGAUUUCACAUGCAUCUCACUUCCUCCCUAUUGCAGAUAUUGGUCAGCUGGAAACAUGUAAGAUAAACAUAAUAUUAAACAAAAUUCCUGUCAAAUUGCCCUGUAAGUGUGUGAGUGUUGUUUAGAUGACUCUCUUCCAAUACUUUCUUUACAAAUAAUAGGAGAUCCAAACAGUGGCCUAAAAGAGGAAAAGUACGUACGGAAGAAAGAAGAUACCCUUCCAUUUGUUUGUUUUUUUGUUGUUGUUGUUGUGAAAAUCUUUCCUUCGCUUACAUAUUGCCACUUCAGAUAGAACAUGGGUAGGAUAAUAAAAUACUAUAGCUAUCAAUUUUAAUACCGUUCGGCCGUCUUUUUAAUCGACACAAUUUGCAGCCAUUUCACACUAGUACAAC